GGAAACUUGGGUCAAAGCAACACGCAGGGCACAUGGCUUUCGGAACGCCAUGUCCCUGCGCCGGGUCUUGGUUUUGCUCCUCUCCCUGGGGCUUCUGCUGUCCUUUUAUGGGAAACUGUUAGAGUUGAACCGGCACCUGGAGACCACUGCUGCCCCCGCGGCGCAGCCAACAAGGCUUACGGAAGUAGUCCCAAGGACAUGCUGCUACAAGGGCAUCCGCUGCGACCCCUUAGAUUUCUACCAGAUCUUCAUCAUUCAGGGUGAACGCCCCGAUGGACGGCUGAAGCUAAUGUACGCGCCCAUCACCGACUCCUUGCUUCGGGGUCUGCAGAGCAGGGAAGGUGAGUGCGGAUACAAAACUUGGAGGAUGCUGCCGCCGAGAAAGCAGGACACCUUCAACUUCUCGGUGUUCAACUCCUCGGGGCCUCGACCCGGCGAUGUCGUCUUGUUCGUGGGCACCUUGUUUUCCCCAAACUUUACAGCACGCUGUGAGAAUCAGUGGGCGCCCAACCGGAUCUUUUGCAUUUGGUACCAGGUGGAGCCGCGGGACUAUCCCAAUGCCUCCCGGUCCCCCGGCGAGGGCGUGUGCGAGGUUUGGGACUACACGCACGGCAACGACCCCAGGGGCAGGGUGGUGCGCUACGUGCCCCCCGGCUUUGUGCCCGCGGAGGACACGGAGGAGCUCAACGACCAGAUGGUCAGGAAGCGCGCUCAAAGCCUCAAGCCCAUGUCCCUGCUAUGGUACUUCAUCGGAAGAUUGGGCCCUGAGCGGCAGAAGUGCUGGGAUCAUUUCCAGACCUUGAAGUACUUCCAGAAGCAUGAGCUCAAAAAGAUACCCAAAGGCGGCGACAAGGGCUACCCGCCGGUGUACACUCGGGAUGACUGGAAGAAGCUGGGGCGCCUCAAGAAUGCGGUCUUCCUGAACUUCCACCAGGCGUGCAACCGGAGCCAACCGCUGGAGACCAAACCCCUGGAGACGGUGCGCCUGGCGCAGCUGCUGAGCCUCGGCUUCCUGGUGGUCUCCGAGGAGGUGAAUCUGUUGGAUGCUGAGCUGUACAAGGAUACCAUCAUCAUUGAGAAGCACAUCUUCGACGAUCAGCGAUGGAGCCCCUUCUUGCAAAGCCUCCUGAAGAACAGGAGUGCGCUGGUGGAUUUCCAGUGGCAGUCCUACCAGCUCUUCAAGCAGCGCUUUGCGCCUGCGGCGCUGCUGCGGAGCGCCGCCGUGUGGGACGGGGGCGCCGCAGCGAGCGCCGGCUGCGAGACAUAGACCUCGGAAUGCGGACUCCGAGCGGCGAGCGCUGGCGUGGCGGUGAGGCGGCGAGGCGGCGAGGCCAAUGAACCGCCAUCGGAUCGAGGACGGCCACCUCUCGCGCUGGAGAUCCAUUUGCCGACGCCGUCGGGAAGGG